AUGGCACGACGAGGACCAAGGCUUCCGCAAUUGCCGCCUUGCAAACACACACCCAAUGCUCUAACCGGCGCCGACGAGGACGAGAUUGCUUCCAUCGAAGCGUUUACAUCGUCUAUGGAAGACAAUUACUUUAACGCAAUGGUCGAACGUUCCAACACGAAUGCACAGGACGCAUGUCCAAGUGAAUCCACGGAUGCCAGCAAUCAUGACGAUGAUGGCAUUGCACCAUCAGGCGACCAAGCGACUACUUUGAAGAAUAUGACGCCAAUGAAAUCGAUGCAGACUCGGCGUCCCACAGCUCAAGCGACGACGAUUCUCUUAGAGACAUUUCAGACCAAACUAGCCCAUGCGUUUUCAAUUCAAUUGAUGGAGCAUACUAUCGCGUUUCGAAGCAAGGGCGUGGUGUAUCAAACUAUCUUCGACGUUUUCCUGGGCAACAUCUCGACUAACAUAAAGGAUGUUGCGUACCACCAAUUUAUCGAUGCGUCGCGACAAUUUGCAGCCGUGCCAUACCUCUUGCGGCGUGGGGAGAUUGUUGUCAAGGCGGACGAGCCGUUCCCCAAGCCUGUUUGUCCUGCAUGCGCCGGGGACGGAACGACUUCUGCAAGCCCAAUUAUAGCGACAACGGACGGAUUUGCUUCGGCGACGAAGUUAUCUGCCCGCCAGGGUGGUGCUGGUGACUAUGGCUCAUAUGGUUGGCCCGGUGGAGUUUUCAUGGAACCAAUACCAGAUAAUGGUUCGGCCAAGCGCAAGGCAACCACAAUGUCGGGAUGUUCAUCGCAGCUACAAGCCGGAAAGGUUUUAAAGGAGCUGCUUCAGAACGACAUGAACAUGAUUAGGGCCAUGAGCGAACGAACAGCCGACUAUCCCGUAGCAUUGGACUGA